GAAACGACUUGAUUCAACGUAGUUUCAAAUGGGAGGCAAAUCCCUAAACCCCUAAAUCAGUCACCCGCCAAAGAGGCGGUGGGGUUUUGGAGCAUGGAACAGACUUUAUGGGGUCAUUUACCGCUACUGGUCCGGUCAAAUUCCAAGGACUCGGUGGAGUACAUUCUUCAAACCCUUUGGAGGACCCGAAAGACCGGUCUGGACCGGGCCGAUCGGGACAUAAUCCAAGAUAUGCUCCAGCUUCAAAACGAAUCGGACCUCGACCCGCUUUUGGUGUGUCUUCGGAUUUUGAUUCGGAGAUGCGUGUACGAAAAUGUGACGAGGGAUGAGAUUCAGAAGCUGUUUCCCGAUGAGGUGUUGCCGGAAUUACAGAGGCUGUUGACGCUUUUGCUGCAGAAGUUUCAAAGAGAAUGGCGGGAAGAUGCACUCAAGGACCAGGGUGCUUUGCCGCGGUUGAAGACGAUGACAUGGGACAUGGCGAAUCAGGAGGCAGAGUUUGCUGAGCCUGUUGCUGUUAUCAACUUGAAGCUCCUAAAUGAUUCUCAGUCUCAUGUUAAAGAAACAGAAGUGAAGUUUGAAUUGGCUAAUGAUACUCUAGAAACCAUGCUGAAUUCCAUGUACUGCAUUAGAGAUCAGUUUUCUAACGUGGGUGAAGCAUCAAAUGAUCAUUUAUCUCAAGAUGCUAAUGCAUUGUAGAUAACCCAUGAGCAGCGGAUAGAAUGACUGACCUCUAUGGCUCCUUUCAUGAAGAAAAAUUGAUGCGGCAGCAGUAAGUGGCAAAUUUGUUGCGUGUCCCAGCUUGCAUGGAAUAUUUCUGAUUGAAGGGCUGAAGAUGCCUUCCAUGAAGAAAAAUUGAUGCAGUAGCAGUAAUUGGUCCGGUUGUACUAAAUGAUAUCUUCAGUGCUUAUAUGAUUCAUCACUUUUCGACACAAAUAUUGUUAAUA